AUGGCUCCGUUGCGACCCGCCCUGGCCCUGCUGCUCGCCUUCCUAGUCACCAUCCAAGGCCAACAGGCCUCCGUGCAGGUGGAGCCGCAGACCGCAACAGAGGCGGUCGACCCAAUCGCAACUGUGGCGGUUGAGUCCACCACGACGGUCAUCUAUAAGAGCGGCUUUGGGCCCGGCUGGCGCGACGCGUCGUACGGCUGCAUCAAAUGCGCAUCCGACACCACUUCGCCACGCGACACCUCAACGGCCUCCUUCACCGCGAGCGUCGCCGCUUGGGGCGCCCUGGUGCUGGCCGCCAACCAAUCCUUUCCGCCCGACGGCGUGCUUGACUUUUGGGUGCGCGGAUCCGGCGUCAUGUUUGUGUCAAUCUUCCUGGAGGACACACGGGGCCGCCGCUUCUCCAAGGAUGUCCGCCUCUCGCGCCCCGACCUUGACACCGACGUCGUCACCAUUCACGGGUCCGACGACGCCGGCUGGAUCCACAUUAGCAUCAGCGUCGCGGGCCUGGCGGACAGCUCCGGGGCCGACGGGGCAAAGGCGGCGACAGAGUACAACCGGGUCGUCUUCAAGGACGUGUCGGGCGUGGGGUUCAAGCUCGCUCUCGACGACGUGCGGAUCGUCCAGGCCGUCAGCAUGGCCCAGAUCAGCGACGCCUUCCUGCUCCUCCAGGCGUCAUCGUCCCGCAUCGCGCCCCUCUUCAACGCCGACCUGGUGGCGCCCCAGGUGACCAAUUCCCGCUACAUUGUCCGCUUCAAGGAGUCCCAGACCCUCUCCACUGCCCAGUCUGUCUGCGACGAGCUGAAGGGCAGCCUGCCGGCCGGCGCCACGCAGCGCUUCCGCGGCUUCUGCGACAACAGCUUCUUUGCACUCCAGUCUGGCGCGCAGUCCUCGAAGCUGGCCUGGCGCUUCGUGCCCGUCACUGUCAAGUCGGCGGACGACCUCAAGGCGCUACGCACGUCACUGGCCGACAAGAUUCAGUACGUUGAGGCCGACCUCACCGCCUAUGCCUACCCAACACACCCUAAGGUCUCCAGCUUCCGCGCCCGCGCCCGCAGCCUCUCCGGCUUCCGCGACGACCAGGAGGCCGCCGCCGCCGCCGCCGGCGUGCCCGCGCCCGCGCCUGUGGAGGUGGAUGGCGACACCUCUGCCGCCGAGGGCCAGGCCGUCGCGGCGGAGUCGAGCCAGGGCGGCGCGGUGGCGGCGUCCGGCGGCGUCGACGUGUUCCCGCCCACGCUGCCGCCGGAUGAGCAGGCGUACCGCGUGCUGCCGGCGCCCGAUGGGCGAAAUGGCACGGUCAGCGCCGCGGCCGACGUGUGGGCGCAGAGUGGCGCGCGCUCCUGGGGCCAGGACCGGAUGGACCAGCUGCGCCUGCCCCUGGACGGCGUCUACAACCCCGGGGACCUGGACGGACGCGGCGUGCACGGUGUGCGGCGGCGGCGGCUCGCAGCGGCCACGCCGCUGUCCGCCGGCUCUGACAGCCGUCGCCGCCUGUUUGUGAUCGACACCGGCCUGAGGGCCAGCCACGCGGACUUCCGCGGCAGAGUGGGGCAGGGGGCCACCUUCGUGGGUAACAGCUACGCAGACGACCACGGCCAUGGCACCCAUGCGUCCGGCACGGCGGUGGGCGCCAUCCACGGCAUCGCCCGCAGCGCCACUCUGCACCCCGUCAAGGCCCUGGACUCUCAGGGCGCGGGCAGCUACAGCAACAUCAUCAGCGGGAUGCAGUGGGUCAAGUCGUAUGUGGCCAACAACGGCAUCAGGAGCGCUGUCGUGUCGCUGUCGCUGGGCGGCCCCCGCUCCGCCGCGCUCAACGACGCCGCCGCCGACCUCACCGCCGCGGGCAUCACCGACGCCCUCGCCUCCUACUCCAACAUCGGCUCCUGCCUCUCCGUCUUCGCCCCCGGCUCGAGCAUCGUGUCCGCCGGAUACACCGACGACAACGCGGAGUCCACCAUGAGUGGCACCAGCAUGGCCACGCCCCACGUGGCGGGGGCGGCUGCCCUAUACCUGCAGGCCUUCCCCGGCGCCGCCCCCGCGGCCGUCAAGCGGGCGCUCCAGUCCGCCGCCCUCCGCGCCUCCUUCGACCCCUCCUCAGCCCCCUACCUCGCGCUCGCCAUCGCCUCGCGCCUCCGCCCCUCCGCGGCGCCCGCGCCGACCCCCUCCCCGACGGCCACGCCGAAGCCGUCCCCGUCCCCUCAGCCGACCGCGCCUACGACGACCAACCCCUUGUUCCCCAGCUUCGGCUUCACCAAGCCCAGCUGGUGCUCCUCGUGCCCCGCGUGCGCGUUCUGCUCGUGA